AUGCAGUCGCCGUGUUACUUCCACCAGCGAUUCGACGAUGCGGUAAAUAUCAAGAAGGUCUUGGAGGAGAUUGCAGAUGAUGAGUGGCUCUCACAUUCGCGGCUAGUCCAGACUGCAACGGGCGUCCGAGAGGUUUCGAAGCAGCUGCAGAGGCGACCUAUCAAGCGGGCGGUGCGCAAUGUCAUGAUUGUCACCAAGGCCCGCGAUAACAGCCUGGUCCAUCUCACCCGGGAACUGGCCGAAUGGCUCCUCUCGACGCCCCGAUAUGGCAGCGAAGUAGGGGUCAACGUUUAUGUUGAUGCGAAGCUCCGAAAUUCCAAGCGCUUCGACGCCGCGGGACUCGUUCAGAAAGACCCGCGGUUCGCCCAGAUGCUGCAGUACUGGACCCCUGAUCUCUGCUGGACAUCGCCGGAUAAAUUCGAUCUGGUCUUGACGCUUGGCGGCGACGGUACUGUGCUGUUCACCUCGUGGCUCUUCCAGCGCGUCGUGCCGCCCGUCUUCUGCUUCUCCCUCGGAAGCCUCGGUUUCCUGACCAACUUCGAGUUUUCGGAAUAUAAAUCCCAUCUCAAUGCAGUCAUGGGUGAGGUCGGCAUGCGCGUGAAUCUGCGCAUGCGGUUCACCUGCACGGUCUUCCGGAAAGACCGGAGUAAAGGCGCCGAGGCUGGGGCAGUUGAGGAAGGCGAACAGUUUGAAGUCCUCAAUGAAGUGGUCAUCGACCGCGGGCCCUCGCCCUAUGUAUCCAACUUGGAACUAUACGCCGAUAACGAGCUGUUGACGGUCGUUCAGGCCGACGGCUGCAUCUUCUCAACACCUACUGGAUCGACUGCUUAUUCUUUGUCCGCUGGCGGCUCUCUCAUGCAUCCUUCUAUUCCGGGAAUCCUUCUCACUCCCAUCUGCCCUCAUACUCUUUCAUUCCGCCCGAUGGUCCUCUCGGACUCCCACUUGCUUCGCAUUGCUGUGCCCCAUGCCUCCCGAUCAACGGCCUACUGUUCCUUUGACGGCAAGGGCCGCGUCGAGCUCCGACAAGGCGACUAUGUUACCGUCGAAGCCAGCCAGUACCCAUUCCCCACCGUCGUAUCUGAUAGCGGGGAGUGGUUCACCAGCGUCCAGCGUGCUCUGCGCUGGAACACACGAGGGGCUGUUCAAAAGGGCUGGGAUGGCAGCGGGGAGGAGCCAGAAGCCCAAGACGCCGCGGACGAGCAAUGGGACAUUGAUACCGACGCAGGAUUGAACGGUACGGAUAGCGGCAUUGGUCCGAGCGAAGAUGGGGACUCCGUGUCUCCUUAUUCGAUGCGACGGCAAUUGAGUCUUUUGAAUAUGUGA